AUGCGAGUAGCAGUAAAGGAAACCGAACUGUCCCCUCACAUACGGUGCUUUGCGCACACACUAAACCUGGCCUCCCAAGCAGGUUUAAAGGUCAACGCAGUGAGCCGCCUCCUCAGUAGAGUCAGACGUGUAGCUAGUUUUUUUCACCGCAGUUCUACAGCCACAGCCGUGCUGACCACCAAACAAAAACUACUCAAUCUCCCUGUACAUAAACUCAUUAUUGAUGUAGUGACAAGAUGGAAUAGCUCUCUGGACAUGGUGGAGCGCUACCUUGAACAGCAACAAGCUGUUGCUGCAGCCCUACUGAGUGAUGAACUGAGACACAAGUCACGUGAAAUCGACACUUUGGACACAUCUGACAUUGCAAAUGCAGAGGAUCUUGUGAAGAUUCUUUUACCAAUAAAAAAGGCCACAACUGUUCUCUGUGAUGAGUUGCAACCAACAAUAUCUCUCAUUUCACCACUAAAACAAAUGAUUCAAGACAGCAUGGCCACAGAUAAUCACGACUCAAAUGCCAUUGCUCUGAUGAAGGUAGCCAUUCUGAAGGAUCUUACUGACAGAUACCAAGGAGAGGAUGAAAAGUUCAUGCAGGAGAGCAGUGCUUUGGAUCCACGCUUUCGGACCUUGCAACAUCUAGGCAGUGGAGAGAGAGAGGACGUCUUUGAAAGAAUAGCAUCACAGAUGCAACAACAGGACCAAGAUGUGCUGCCCAGGAGCCCACAUCCAGCGGAUCUGGACGACAGCAGCGCAAGCUUUGUGCCUCCUCUUAAGAAGCAUGCCCUUGAGGACCUCCUUGGCUCUUCUUUUAGCAGUAAUCAAGUCACAGGUGGAAUUCAGGCAGAAAUUGACUCUUACUGCAAAGAAGCAUUAGUUUCUCUGUCUGCUUGCCCUCUUAAGUGGUGGAGAGACAAUGCAGGGCGGUAUCCUAUUCUGUCUUCAUUAGCAAAGACCUACCUGUGUAUACCCGCUACCUCGGUGCCCGGUGAAAGGGUAUUUUCAACAGCAGGGGAUAUUGUAAAUGCCCAGAGGUCUCUUCUUCUCCCUUGCAAUGUAGAUCUUUUGAUCUUUCUAAAGAAAAACUUGAACAUUAGCUAA